AUGGUGCUGGUGGGUCAGGAGGAAGUGGGGAAGAGCUCAACGGGAAACACCAUCCUGGGAAAGAAGGGGUUUGACUGUAGCGUCAGCUGCAGCCCUCUGACUCUGCACAGUGAGAAGAUAGAAGCUGAUGUUCUGGGUCGUAGAGUCUCUGUGGUCGACACCCCCGGACUCUUCAGCACUCAGCUGACGGCAGAACAAGUCAAAGCAGAGUUGUUAAAAGCAGUCAGGCUGAGCUCUCCGGGUCCUCACGUCUUCCUCCUCCUCAUCCAGCUCAGAAUAUUCACCAGAGAGGAACAGAAAGGGCUGCAAACUCUGCAUAAGAUACUGAGUCCUGGUGUCUCCAAACACACGGCGGUGCUGUUCACCUACGGAGACCGACUGGAAGACACCGACAUGGAGCAGUUCAUCAGAGAGGACGAGAACCUGCAGGAGCUGCUGAGGAGCUGCAGCGGUGUGUACCAUGUGUUCAACAACAAAGAGAUCGGAGACAGGAGUCAGGAUCAGGUCCAGGAGCUGCUGGACAAGAGACUCCAUCUCAGAGGGAGGACAGAGAAGAGACAGAGAAGAGACCAGACGGCCAGAAAACCCUGCAGGAAGGAGGAGGAGGUGAAAUGGGUUGGAGAUGAGAAAAAGAAGGAAAAAGAAAAGGACAAGAUAAAGAAGUGA